CUUCCCAACAAACUUCUCCUUCUCCUUCUUCUUCUUCUUCACGAUUUUCCCUCACUUGCCCGAGAAAAUGUCGACCGGAAUCGGAAAAUCCAACAACAUCCGCCGCAUCGUCAGCAUCCGCCAGAUGCUCCAGCGCUGGCGCAAGAAGGCACGCGCAGCGGCCUUCCUAGCACCGCCGUCCGACGUCCCCGCCGGUCACGUCGCCGUCUGCGUCGGCAGCAGUUCCAGAAGAUUCGUCGUCCGCGCCACUUACCUGAACCAUCCGAUCUUCCAGAAGCUUCUGUUGGAAGCGGAGGAAGAGUACGGAUUCGUCAACCACGGCCCUCUCGCCAUCCCCUGUGACGAAUCCGUCUUCGAGGAGGUUCUCCGGACCGUCGCCGGCUCCGAUUCCGAUCUCCGGCGACACUGCCACGUGGCCUCCCGGAGUUCUCUCCUCCGUGAAUCUCGGCCCUUGCUUUUUGAUUACGCCGAUAAAUCCGUCUGCUGAACUAACUGAAAGCUUUCCAAUCGGGCUGGUGACUCGGCCGACUCGACUCACUGGACUAACCUUUUUUUUUCUUUUGAAAUUUGAUUUUGAGUGAAACGAGGGAAUUACGAGUUUUAAAUUUAUUAAUAUUUUGUUAUAGGGGAGAUGAGUUAACUCGGUCACUCUGGUGAGUGAGUCAUCCCGAGUCGGGGAUUAUGAAGUUUGUUAAUUACUUCUUUGUACAUUGGGAUACCAUUAUUUCUCCCUAAUUUUACAAAAAAAGCAGAAAUAAUUUUAU